AUGAAGGGUGACGUGCGAAUAUCGCUUCUCUAUUUUGUGUUUCUACUGAUACGGCCGGGAAUUUGUGAGGGAAUUGAGAAAGUGUCCUAUCUGCUACAGUACGGACCCGGUGUGCAUACGGUAUUCGAGCAGGAAAACCCACCCGAAAAGGUUACGGUGAACGUGAAAGAUAGAGUAGCACCAUCUACAACGCCGUCGACCUUAACCUCGAAAACUACGACCAACAGUUCGGUCGAAGUGGCUGCAAGCACCACUACAGUGUCACACACCCCCUCCAGCGAUGGUACAGCGGUACAGCUUCAUUCCGACGCAGCUGUAACGGAAAGCGUACCACACACGGCCAGCAACGUGGGAAUGCAUUCAACCGAAAAAAAUAGUGACAUAAGUUCUACGAUUUCUACCAAUGCGCAAACACCUCCACCAGCCUCAAGCGAAGAGAAGCAACGCCCUACCGGAUCAAUGGCCCCGGAUGAUCGACGACGUAAUCCAGUGUCCGGUGCGUGCCGCACCCCAGCAUCCGUCCUUCAAAAAAAGUUUCAUCCCUUACCGUUGCCACCGCCCCUGCCCACCUUCGGGGCGAUCCUCCGGUCGGAUGUGAUGGUAAACCUGAAGCCGAAGGAAUUGCGCACGCUGAUGAGCACAUACAUCGGGCUGAUCGAGGCGUACAAGGGCUUCAACCAACAGCAGAAGCGAAAUAUAGCCCACCUGGAGGAGGAACUGGCGCGCCACGAGGCUAUCACGCACAGGGCAAAUCGGUUGCGAGACGCCAAGGUUGAAAUAUUAAACAAGUGA